UUUCUCUGCAGCUGGUACUUGAAGACUCCACACUCUCCCUCCAGAGAAAAGAAACCAUCUAUCUAAAUUAGCUGUGCUCCCUCGUCCCUCGUUUCUCCCUCCGCCGGCCGCCACCCCCACCCCUUCCAUUGUGUAGUGCGUUUAGCUCCGCUUCCUGGGUGAGACCUUAACCUCGUUUGUAGCAGGAGGGAUUACUGAGAAUUUCGGAACCUUGAGUUGCAAUGGAGCUGUAUGGAAAGAUGGCCUCUGCCCAAGAUGCCAGGUACGGCCAGAAAGACUCCUCUGAUCAGAACUUUGACUACAUGUUCAAGUUGCUCAUCAUUGGCAAUAGCAGUGUGGGGAAAACAUCUUUUCUGUUCCGUUACGCGGAUGACUCCUUUACAUCUGCAUUCGUCAGCACAGUUGGGAUUGAUUUCAAAGUCAAAACUGUAUUCAAAAAUGAAAAGAGAAUCAAGCUUCAGAUUUGGGACACAGCAGGCCAGGAAAGAUACAGGACUAUCACCACAGCCUAUUAUCGUGGAGCCAUGGGCUUUAUUUUAAUGUAUGACAUCACAAAUGAAGAAUCCUUCAAUGCAGUACAGGAUUGGUCAACUCAAAUCAAAACAUACUCAUGGGAUAAUGCCCAGGUUAUCCUGGUUGGGAACAAAUGUGACAUGGAAGAUGAGCGAGUCAUCUCAACUGAGAGGGGCCAACAUUUAGGAGAACAGCUUGGUUUUGAGUUUUUUGAAACAAGUGCCAAGGAUAACGUUAAUGUGAAGCAGACAUUUGAGCGCCUCGUGGAUAUCAUCUGCGACAAAAUGUCCGAGAGUUUGGAGACAGAUCCAGCCAUCACUGCCGCAAAGCAGAACACGAGGCUCAGGGAAACCCCUCCCCCACCUCAGCCCAACUGUGGCUGUUAGUGUCCCGGUACAGGCAGCUCCACAGGGGUUGGUUGCUAAAAAUAGCAUUUAUAAAUGGUCAAUUAGCCUUCAUUUAUACUGCCUAAUAAUUAUUUGAGGGAAAUCUUUGAUGUCUGUGGCUCGAACAUGCAUUCAAUUCCGGGGAGAUUUCCGGUGUUAAUAAGUGGCAAAUAUGUGAUCUUAACUUUGUAAGGACUAUCCAUCUAUAAACAUCUGAUGUUUGCAUGUGAUUUGUUAUUUGUCUUCUAGGCUCUUUUGGUUUCGGGUUUCUUAGAUUAAGCUACUGCUGGGACCUCUGAUUAUAAUUUCAGUACAGCUGAGUUUUGGGCUACGGGUUCAAAUUAUGCUAUUCACUUGUAGGGAUGAUAACCAAGAAAUUGGUUGCGUGUGUGGUGUGAGCAGGGCGAGAUCUCAGGAGACCUUAUUUGCUUUACUCUCAAUCGAAAAUCAAGUGGAAAUGUUACUCAUGAUUAGGGAGACUGUCAUGGAUCUGGUUGGUGUACUGCUCAGGAAAGGUAUCUAUUUUUCAGUGUUACUAUACCUGAGAAGACCAUUGACUAUAAAGAAAUUGAAAUAUUGUUUAAGGCCCUUGCAAAUUUACCAAGAGAUUAAUAUUUACCUGACUGGAAGUAGAUUUUAACCGUAGUCUUAGUUUAGAUGUUUAAAUAAGGAAUACCUAACCCAAGACUGCACCACCCAACAUUCUGAAUAUUUGAGGGCACUGACAGACAGAGGUUAUCUGCUGAAUGUGUUAUGUAACAAGCGUCUUAACCAAGAAGGAUAUGAGUAGCAGUGGGAUUCCAAGGCCUGAGCUCCCCCCAUGACAUAUACCACCACGACUUUCUGGAACCAUCACCAACUCUUGGAACAGAGGUUAAGUUGAAGCUUGUUAGAGCCCCUCUUCCCAUGGGAUGUAGGCUUGCUUCCCCAAACAUUGCCUUCUGUUCGCAUCUCCCUAGGUUCUUUUACCUGGCCAGAAGUCAUUUAAACAGUAUCUCCAUGGCUCUCAGAUUGAGGAAAAGACAAUUAUCAUCUCUAAUCUUUUUCAAUCCAAGUAUUUAUACCUUUAAGGCAUAUCCCCAUUCUGUAAGCCUUUAAACAUGCUUAAGUUACUCAGAGACCACUCUUUGGAGCUGAGAGUUACAGAAAAACCUUAGGAUGCCAUAAGCAAUUUCAGAGGAGAAAGGAAACCGUUUGAACACCCAGAUUCUUUCUCCUAGAGACUCUUUCUCCUGGAUAUUCUGAAGACCAUACAUGAUUAACAAGCAAACCAAUCCCACCAGCGAUUCUAAGUGAGGGCUGAAAAGAGAGACAGCAUCUGUAUCACCACCCAGCAUUGUUUACAGCUAGAACUUUAAGUCAGCAGGCACACAUUGGCAUAUUUGGAAGGGCAGUUCCAUUAAGUGAACUUUCCCCUUUUUUGGUGAUCAUGUUAAAGAUUUAUUUCUCUUUUCAAAAAUAGAGACACUUCCCAUGAAACUAUUGAGUGCAAGAUUUUUGAGCAAGGAUAUUGAUAGGGAAAGAUGCAUAUCUAAAGAGAUCUCUGGAGAAUUAAAUGCCUGCAAGUCAGGGAACUAGGUCACAUACAUUACUAGUAAGUUAGAAGAUGAAAAUUACAGGAGAAAGCAUUUGGGAUGUCUUAAGCAUAUCCACAUUCUUAUUAUUUCUCAUCUUCUUAGCUUAAGAUCCACUAAUUGGCAAUAAAUUUUCACUUUCGCACUCUGCAAGGUAGACCUUAGCCUAGUGAAGGCAAGAAGACAUUAAUGCCGUACUAGAUUUUAAUGGGGCAACUAGCUUCAAAAAUCACAGAAAUUAAAGUGAAGGGAAGAAAGAGAAGGCAGGGGCCAUCAAAGCAGAUUUGUUUCCAAAAGAAACCUGUUUGCAUGAUAUUGUAAUAUUUCUUUAACAUGGUCUAGAAAAUGGCCAUGUUAAAUGAUAUAGCUGUUAAGCUGACUUUUACAAUCUAAUAUGAAGCAAUAGAAUCAGGAAGACCUUCCCAUCCUCUCUCAGACAUGAUCUCACAUACAUACGUACAGAUGUCAAGGACCUAAAUAUGAUGUCUCAGAUGGCUUUUUCAGAAGGACGUUGAUAUGCAUAUUAUUGUAAAAUGGAAAGCAAAAUCAGAGAGGGUAGAAAAUUGGAAAGAAAGUUGAGUUUUGCCCUCUUGUAAACUCCUUCCCUGAAGAGCUAAUUGCCAUUGAAAUUAAAUGGCUCUAGAACCAGAAGACCUAAGCCAAGUACCCACCUACACAAUGUCAAACAUACCAGACUUGAGCUACUGUAUGCCAGUCAGGGAAGCAUAAUGCAAGAAUGGCCCAGGUGUCAGUGACAAGGGACAUCCAAUAAUUAAUUUCUAUUUUCCAAACCUCAAUGGAAGUAGAGGCUUACUAAUUGAUUCUCAGUUCUGAAGCCCCUACCCCAGUGUGAACUUCACUAAGUGAGACGCUUCCAAAAAGGAUUGUCACAGAGCUCAAUGAAUUGAGCACCUAUGCUCCUGCUGUAAAGCACAUGGAAAGAGAGAGAAAUUCUCUAUUCCUAAUCUCAUCAAGAGAUCCUGGUUUUAAAAUCAAGUUUGGCAAAAGAAGAACCAGCCUAGGAUUAACUAAGUAAACUUCUAUUGGCAUCAAGCUAUAUUAUUUAUAACACUGUGGUUCCAAGUGUUUUCACCCUUUAGGCCAUCAUGCACACAAAUGUGUAUACGCACACACAUGCAUACAAUACCUCCCAUAUUCUGUCUGCCAACAGCUUAAAUAACCACAGAUCAUUUUUACUAAUGGCCUAACUAAAUUUGUAUUCAAAAGAACAAAGACAUCUUACAAAGUGUAUGUUUGUGUUACUGUGUAAAUUGUAGACAUCCAUCUUUUGUCUUUGAUGCAACUCAAUUAGUGUUUCAAGAACAAAUUUCUCUUCCUCUGUCACCCUUCUCCUCAUCACCCCAUCCCUCCGAUUACUUUUAUAAUCAAACCUUGAUUGUUUUGAGCAGAUACUUCCAAGAGCUUUGGUUUGGGGACAUUCCUUUCCGUUCUAAAUGUAAAUGAAAAAUUGGACUGGAAAUUAUUUCUUCUAAACAGCCAUUUAGUGGACCCGCAUUUCAGCUUUCGGGGAUGUGAGUGGAUGUAGAAGGUGCAUAAAGUUUCUUAAGUCCUAAGAUGGCAGUUUACAAGUUAGCAUUUUAUCUAUGGGCUUAUAAGAAGAAUUGCUUUAAGACAGUGAAUUAGUUCAUUGCCACUGCCCCCGCUGAGCAACCUCCACUGCCUUGAUGAACUUCUAACCACCUCUUUAGGUUAACUUAAAAUCAUUAUCCCUUUGCCCGCCUAGUAAAUAAGUGCUAAGAUUUUUAUUUGGAAUGGGAACUAUGAUGAUGUCUUUGGUUGUUGCAGAAAGCUGCAGCGUUAUGUUAAAUGUGAACUAUAAAUUCCACUACAACCGCAAUUAUGCAAGACAUCUAUAUACUCAACAAACAAAUAUGUAUUUCACCUACUUAACUCUUAUCUAGAUUAAUAACAGCUCUUUGGUUCAGCACAUUGGUUAUCUUUCAGGAACUAAUUUAAACUUCCAAUUUUAACUACAUCUAUGCUGAGGAUAGACUUUCAGGGAUAUAAUGUUCUUGUUUUAAAGUAAAAUACAGUCUAUUGUUAACUGAACUUCCAUGAAGCUACAUUAAUUUUGGAGCGUGGUAGUCGGUAAUCAGUGGCUCAUUUUGAUGUGCUUUAUCCAAUGUGUCUCUUUGUGCUCAGUGAGGAUAUACUGUGCCAUCCUUCAGUCAACUGUGUGGCAUCUGUGGGACUAUAUUAAAAAUGUAUCCAGACUCUACCAAGCUAUCCCAAGGCUGAGGUAGCAGCUGCAUGUGAAAUACUAAGAUAAAUCUUAAAGUCAUGAUUAAAACCCUUCUAGGUCAAAAAGUGUUUAAUAAUUUUCAUAUACUAUUGGAAUGCUCCAUCAGGAAUUUUUGGCACGGCAUACUUGGGAGGUGACCUUUCUGUCUGAAGAAUGCUCUCUCUCUCUCUAAAUUAUAGUUUGCAUGACUGGUAGCUAGAACUCUUUGUUCCUUUGUGUGUGUACUCACUCAGUGUGCCAUGUCAGGCUGCCAUGUGAGCAACUAGACCCAUGUGGCCUUUCUAAUCACCCCCUAGAAGAUGCAGCCACUCCAGCUCUGCUUGGCUUUGCCCAUAUGUGUAUAAUACCUGUUUUAGGGGUCUGCCAGUAAAAUGGUGAAGUCUUUCUGAUCAACUGAAACAUCAGGGUCAGCUUUUUAGAUUCCUUUAUAUUUUAGGUAAAUUUUUGAUCAAAGCCAGUGAAAGACAUAAACCUGUUUUAUAUUCUGAAACAAAUUGGGGAAACUGGGUAAAAGAUGAAGUUUAUAACCAGGAAAAAAAAGCAUCUUGAUUAUCUCUACAGUGCACCUAAAGGGUUCCAGGUUCUAAAAAUACAAUAUCCUCUAAGGGGACAAAAACAGGUCUAGAGAAUUUAUUUAAAAUAUAUCCACCUAUUGUUGUUUCAUAAAUAAAUGUUUUUUUCUUAAAAACCUUUACAGGAAUGCUUGACACUCUAGUCAAAUACUUCCCUUAAGGAGAUUAAAAUAUUUACACUUGGGCCACACAGAUAGUGUUGCCCCUCCCAGCACACACACACUCAAACACGGAUACCUUUUCUAUGAAGGAAAAUUUCCAUAUAUGGUGCUUUCUCAGUGCUAGGGAAAAGGGAGCUUUUACUAUGCUCCAACAGCUGUAACUGGCAUUUCCCUUAAAAAGGUCUACAAAAUAGAUUCUUCACACUGAUUUGAUUCGCAUCUGUGCAGAGAAUUAAUUCCCAUUAAAAGGGGAGGAUAGAGAGAAUAUAUUUUGCAAACCUUCUAAAGAAAAGAAAUUACUUCAAAGCCUCUAUCAGAGCUCGAGUAUUAAGAUCAGACCAUGUAGCUAGUGGACAAAUUGAGCUUCUAUUUACAAUUCUCUUUUCUACUUCCUGAUUUUUUAUCAUUUCAGUUUUUUAAAGCACUAUCCUCACAGAGUGACAGGACCAAGAACAGGAAAUGAGACUCAAGUUUCACCAUUUACCUCCCAUCAGUACAGUUAGUGGUAGAGUUUCAACUGGUCAUUACUUGCUGAAAUGAGGUUGGGGGGCGGGGGUACCUGUGUAUUUCAUUCACCUGUGUUCAUACUUUCCUUCAUUGUGGACAACUGAGAGUUGGUUGUGGCUUUAUUUCUUAAUGGAAAUGUUUCCAUGGUCAUAUUAUUUGGCACUAGAGGUUGCUUAGGUUCAUGAAUGCCAUUCUUAAACGUGCAGAUGGUACAUGAGCCACAGACACCUGGCCUUUCAGGGACGUGAGCAUAAAUUACAUCUGUCUAGUGGUUCCAUAUGCCUCAUAAAAGUGAAAUCUGGGGGUUGUUUGCUGUUUCAGUAUGAUGGUUUUCCAUGCAUUGUCUCAUCAUCCCUAGGAUAUGUGCUGAAUGAAAACUUCCUGUAAUUCCUGUUAAUAUAUUGUUAAUGUCAGACGUGAUGUGAUGCCGUUGAACUGUCCAAAUGUACAACUACUUAAUGGUGUUUGUGGAACUGAAAUGUCUUAAAUGUUGCAUGAAAUAUGUUAUAAAAAUAGAUUUGUUUUCUAUUUUUCAACACCUCAGAAUUGAGGGUUCAUGGGCCAAUAAGUGCAAUAUUUAAUGACUUACUCAGUGUAUAUAAACUAGUGUGAAAGAGUGAAUUAUAAUGAAUGUGUGAGAUGCUUUGAUGGCUGUUUGACUUACUCAGAUUAUUUCGUGUAGCUGUAUUUGUCUAGUGGUACAAUUUAUACAGUAAAUACCUUAUUGGUGU